UAUAAGAACUUGCAAGUUAUGAAUGGAAAUUGAGUUUAAAAUCUCUAAGAGAAACUUACAUCUGUAAAUUGUUGCUUUAAAAGCUGCACAUGCCACGUUAUCCAACAACUUUAAUUUUUUUGUUCUUUCAAAAUAUAUUCAAUUUCAGUUGUUACAUAUCUGUAAAGUUUACAGAAAAGAACAACGAAGUUUGAUAAAUUUGGAUAAUUCAGGUAUCAUGGAAAGAAAUUUCCGGACUACGUGGUUUUUGACUCCUCUGUUUGUCAUCAUAAAAUUCUCACUUAUUACAGCGGGAGAAAAUAACUUCAAUAGUCAUAAAGUGCAUGGUAUAAGCAAUAUACCUUGGAAUAUAUUACUGGAUCCAAAUUACACAAGUCAUAAAAUUUCUUCAGAAAAUCAAACUUACCGGCCUCCUCAUCGAUUAGAAUAUUCAUCAUCCACUGGUUUCACCCAUCAUCCUCAUCACAGUUAUGGGGUCACAGAAUAUUCAGCAAAUCCUCUAGCAUAUUAUGUUCCAGCUCCAACAACUCAUCAUCCUCAAGAUCAAACAACAGUAAAGUACUCAAUCCCUUACUUAAAUUCAGAGAUAAAGAAGCAAAGAGUACGAGAUCAUCACUACAGUUUACCAAUAGCAUCUAAACGACCUGUGGAAAAAGUUGUAUUCCCCCAGGACUCGGAAUACGAAAAUAGUAGACCAGACAAUACUCAGAAUUAUGUUUCAGGAUCACGAAUUAAAAAUAAAACAGGAAAUAAUGAAAAUGAAACCAAGAAACACAAAAAGAGGAAGCCUGUAGAUUACUUUGAAACAGAUGAUGAUGAUUAUAUGGAAAGUUUCUACAAUGAUUAUGAUUAUGCUGCAGAAAACGAACGAGUGUCUUACAAACCACCUAAGUCAUAUUCUCGUCCUUCAUACUCAGGUUACAAAGCAGUGGGUGAUCCCCUUGGUCUUUUACCAUCAGCUUCGGACCCAAACGGUUUUUUUGCAAAAGCUAAAGAUUUACUUAGAGGUGGAAGCUAUAGCAGACCAAGUUAUUCAGAUAGUACAACUGAUUACUACCCAAAUUACCAAUCCAACAAACAUUACGAGGAACCAAAUCCAUAUGGUGCCCAGUCAUACUAUGAUCAAGAUCCUGUAGGCAACCCAAGUUAUCCAGCCAAAGGUGAUUAUUAUGGAUCCCCUGGAUAUGAUUACGACACAGCUUUUGAGGAUAACAAAUAUGGUGGAAUGAUAUCUUACCCAGACAGAAGGAAAGGUUCCAAGUAUGGACCUUUAGCUUUUGCUCUAGGUCUCUUACCCCUUGGUUUGCUUUUAGCAUCCUUGGUCCCCACAGUAGUGACGAUACCAGUUACAACAGCGGUAGCUACAGGUAGACGACGAAAACGAAGUAUACAGUUUGUCAACCCGGUACUUGAUACUAUUUCCGAAUAUGGUGUUGCAGCACUUGAAGAUCCUAUGUGCUUAAAUAGGAUAUUUUGCCAAGUUGUGAGAGAUGGACAAAAAGAAAAAUCCUCUAUUGUUCAGAAAUUUUACUACAAGUUAGCUUAUAUGUUGGAUGAAAAAAUUGCUGACUAUGUUGGCUUGAGACUCCUGUUAUUAGCGGUACGUAAAGACCAAUGCCAUCUUUUUCCUUGUAACGUGAAGAAUUCCAAAAGUUCAAAAACUUAAGAAUACUGUGAGAAGAAAAAAUAUAAUUUUUCAGCUAAAUGAAGUAAUUUCUUAACUCUAUCAAAGUGGCAUCCAAAGAAUUUUCGAAUCUUUUAGUAACAUAUGGAUAAAAUAAAUAAACGUACUGAAAGGGUCAUUACAAAAGUAUGUUCUCCUACCAUAAACUCAUUUAUUAUCUCCACGCAUAAAUUACCCAAAGGUAAUGUAGAUGUUGCAUGGUUUCCUCUCAUAAAGUGAUGAUUUCCGAAGUAAUUGAUAAAUAUUUUUAUGAGUUUCAAGAAAUAAAUUUUUUAAAUUAUUUUCUA